AUGAUUCUAAUUCUAUCGGAGAUCUGUGCCUUAGUUAUUGAGCCUAAGUCAAAGAUAUAUUUUUGUAUUGGAAUCGCAAUGGAAGCUAUUGGCGACGCUGUUUUAGAUUUAGACGAACCGUCUAAAUGGGGACUUAAAAUGCUCCUUAAUCAUGAAUAUCCAUUACAAACGAAACAGCUUCUUAUACCAAAACCAAAUCAACUUUUAGAUCUAAUUCCUCUUUCAGCCAGAUAUGUGAAAUAUUACUGUGCAAAAAGGAUGCAAAAACGAAGACCGAUAAUGGAUUACUUACACACUAUUAAUGCUCAGAGGAUGCAUGGUUGUCCUAUUGGUGGUAUUGGUGGUGGGACUAUAGGCAGAGGCUUCAAAGGAGAAUUCUGUAGAUUUCAGUUAUACCCCGGGAUUUAUGAGUACAUAACAGUGCCUGAAUGCCAGUUCAUAGUCAAUAUCCAAAAUGAAAAGAAUGAAACAAUUUUUCAGUCAGUUUUGUCUACAUAUAACAAACCAAAGAAAGCACCUCCAAGUUGGGAGUGGAACUUGGAUAGUACAGAGUGUGAAUACACAGCUUUAUACCCAAGAGCAUGGACCACAUAUGAUUUGAGCAAGUAUGGAAUCAAACUAGUCUGCCGGCAAAUUUCACCAGUUAUACCACAUAAUUAUAAGGAUUCGAGUUUGCCUUGCGCCGUUUUUGUAUUUACCGCCAAAAACGUUUGCAACGAGAAACGAUUUGUUAGUAUCACCUUUACUUGGACGGAAAUUCCGGUCGGUUUGAAUAAACGCAAAAAUUCAGCAAAACUAGAUUUGGAAAGAUACUCCGAAGAGAGUACUUGCGGUGUGACGUUGGAACAGAGGGUCGGCGAUGCACCACUAACAUUUACAAUAGCGAAGAAUAAAUCCGAAAACGAGACGAUACACGAGGCCUACUGUCUGUGGAACUCGACGAAAACCGCGAGUUAUGUAUGGGACUGCAUUAAGAAGAAUGGGAAGUUGGAACCGGACCCUAGUCAAACAGCGACGCCGCCCAAAGGCGAUAAGGACCAUAAGACCGAUGACCACGAUAAACCAAAGAAAAUAUAUAAAAAUGAUUCCAUCGGCCUAUCUAACACAAUAUCGCUGGACCCCGGUGGAUGUGAUGCUGCAGAGUUCUGCCUUGUAUGGGACAUGCCUAUGAUUAAAUAUAAGAAGGAAAGGAAAGUACACAAAAGAUUUUAUACGAAGUACUUCGGUAGUGACGGUAUAGCGGGCGCAAGCAUAGCUGCGUACGCGCUUAGGAAUUAUAAGAAUUGGGAGAAGCAACUCGCAGAGUUUCAAGAUCCAAUUUUAAAUAACAGCAAUAUACCAGACUGGUUGAAAAGUGCCUUAAUGAACGAGCUUUAUUACGUGGCUGACGGUGGGACGAUAUGGUUCGAUGUUAGCGAAGAAUUCCCAGAGACUGAUCCUAGACAUGAUUUUGGCCUGUUCGGCUAUUUAGAAGGACACGAAUAUAGAAUGUACAACACUUACGACGUUCAUUUCUACGCCUCAUUUGCCUUAGCACAAUUAUGGCCUAAUUUACAAGUGGUUUUACAAUAUAUGUAUAGAGAUGCGAUAGCGUUAGAAACAGCCCAAUGCAGACAAUCGUUGUACGAUGGGAAAUAUGUCAAGUUCAAGAUAAAGGAAUCUAUACCGCACGAUUUGGGCGAUCCAGAUGAUAUUCCAUUCACGAACAUCAACGCGUACAACAUACACGACGUGUCCGAAUGGCGCGAUCUCAACUUGAAGUACAUUUUACAAGUGAUGCGAGACUACCGCCUCUUGCGGGCGUACAGCGCACCAUUCCCGAACGAACGAUACCAUUCCAUGGCGUACAUAGACGAUGUCAAAGACGGCACCGAAGAUGACCUCUACACACGAUCAACGGAACAGCCGGAUGAACGAUCUCCGGAUCUAUCCGUGGACUUAUCUUUAGACCCGUCGCCUGUUCCUAGCAAAGUCCCGGAUAUACUCGACCUCCUAUACCGAAGUUCGGAGGUGGUUCAAGAGUGUCAAGAGAUAGUGGAUCCGAGGGAGACGGUAGCCACGUGGAACGCUAAACAAUAUUUGGUUGACAUGUACCCGUCUUGUGCCGCUCUGUUGAGGAAAGUUCUGAUGUGGGAUAAAGAUGGCGAUGGGCUGAUUGAGAACGGGGGAUUUCCAGAUCAGACUUAUGAUGCUUGGGUCAUGUCUGGGCCUAGUGCAUAUUGUGGUAGCCUUUGGGUAGCGUCUAUAAGCGUAGUGCGAGCGAUGGCUCAUAUCCUCGGAUUUGAAGAGGAUGAAAGGGAUUUCGCGAAACUUCUAGAUCAAGCGAAGACUUCCUUCGGAGAGAAGUUGUGGAAUGGCUGCUUCUAUAAGUUCGACACGAAACCUUCGAACAAGAACGUGGUCAUGGCUGAUCAAUUAGCGGGACAGUGGUACCUUCGCGCUUCGGACUGGAACGAGGAGGUGUUUCCCGAAGCGAACGUGAAGAAGGCGCUCCAGGCGAUAUACGAUAAUAACGUACAAAAGUUCCUCGGUGGAAAAUGCGGUGCCGUCAACGGGUAUAUAACCGGUCGUCGAGGGCGAAUUGACACCACUGCCUUACAGAGUAUGGAGGUGUGGCCAGGUGUCACCUACGGCCUCGCUUCGCUCAUGAUAUACGAAGGCAUGCACGAACAGGCGUUUUCGAUGGCCGGCGGCCUCCACAACACUUUGACAAAUAUGGGUCUAUCCUUCGAGACGCCAGAAGCCCUCUACGAGAAUGGGAAUCACCGGUCCGUGGCCUAUAUGCGACCUCUCUCCAUAUGGUCGAUGUAUCAAGCCAUAAUAGCCAGACCUCCGCCACGAGUUAACCACGCAAACGGACAGAUCCACGCCACCAAGUUAUAG